UUAAGAUGGCGGCGCCCGUCAUGAGAGUGUCUGUGCCGCGGUGGGAGAGUGGGGCCCGGUACGCAGUGUGUGUCUUAGGGAUUGUGCUGUCCAUCUACGCUUUCCACGUGGAGAGGGAAAAGGAGAGGGACCCUGGGUACAAGGCCAUAUGCGAUUUCAACGAGUGGGUUCACUGCUCCACCGUUUUGUCGUCCAGAUGGGGUCGGGGAUUUGGAAUGUUGGGUUCCAUCUUUGGAAAAGACAGUUUAUUAAACCAGCCAAACAGUGUCUUUGGACUCGUUUUUUAUUUACUGCAGAUGCUUCUCGGUAUGACCGUGAGCGCUGUAGCAGCCCUAGUACUUAUGACAUCAUCCAUUGUGUCAGUAGUGGGGUCCGUGUACCUGGCAUACAUCCUGUACUUUGUGCUAAAGGACUUCUGUGUUAUCUGUGUCACCACUUACUUGCUGAACUUUAUUCUCCUUAUCAUCAACUACAAACGACUAGUUUACUUGAAUGAAGCCUGGAAAAGGCAACUGCAGGAUAAACAAGAAUAAGAUGCCUAUUGAACUGAAUAACUUCUGGAAGACACUGCUUCCUUAACUUUAUUUUGCAGUACAUUUUUAUUGGUUUGGGACAGUUUUCAGGACAAAGAACAAUCUUAAACUUUUUUUUUUUAAUUUUGUUUGACUGAACGGGCCCUGGAUGUUUGUGUAUAUUUGCUACGGCACCUUUCACUUGAAUCGGACAGGUGCAGGAGUGAUGGUAAUUUAAAUUAACAAUUGACAAGCUUUAAUUGUUCUUACCAAUGUGUUCUUUUUGAAAGACACAUUACUGAUCUUGCCAACAUUUGCUGGCAAAUGCUCCUUCCUAUUUCAACUCUCCCUGUUAUGUAUGUUUGUGUGUCAAACCCUUAAUGGGCUUAUGUUUGUGGGUGGGGAACACUUCAUCCUGUGAAUCACUUAUAUUAUUGAAAUACUAAUCAGAUCCUUGUUUUUCUGGUACUUCACUGGCUUCAAAGAAAAGUUGCAAAUAAUAUAAAUUACAUUUCCAUUCAAGUAAGGUAAGCCUUGCAUUGUCCUUUAUGGCCUGCCUUGGCUCACCUUGGCAGGCUAAGUAAAUCGGUGGAGGUGGUGGUGGUGGUAAGAUGCUUGAAAAAUAAAUGAAAGCUAAUCCUUCAAAUGAAAAUAUCCAUGCCUUAGACUGCAGCAGGUCCUAAUUGCUCUUUUGGAUUUGGUCUCUUCUUAUUCCUUGAGUCCAUUUUAGUUUUUCAGUACAACUAAUCCUAUUCUGCGGCCAUAUUGCUUGCCCCCAAGUGCUCUACUUGCUGUUCCCAGUUUUGAACCACUGUUAUUUUUAAAGUAAUGUUCUAACAAUUUCAGGGCAUUGAUUGGAAGAAACAAUUUUAUGAUUUUAUCAAAAUCAAAUUGCUUGUUCCUUUUGUACCAAUUUUUAUAUAUCUGUUUUUCUUUUUAAAUGUUGUUUGCCAGCUGUCUAAUUUGUUAAUUACAUGGAAGUGAUCCCAAAAAAAGAAAGUUGCGAAGGCUUUGGUUUACAAGAUGCUUUCAUGGUUUGAACAUAUAAACAUCUAUUGCAGAUAUUUAUAUACACCCUUGAGUUUUUUUGAUGUAUGUUUUAUUUUUUCUGUAUUUCCCUGAUGAAUGUAGUACUGACUGAGUCUAAGGUUUUAGCAUUUUAUAGGCAGUAAUUGUCUCUCUGGCAGUCUGGCCCCAAGCUACCUUAUCAUUCCUAAUACUUUCCCAUUGUGCCAAAAAUCCCUUACAAAAAGCAUGUGGCCUGGCAGUAUGUGGAAAUUGCAUGGUCAGGGGUGUAUGUAGCUAGUAAACAGAGCACUUUACUUUUCCAUAGCAAGAAAAACUUACUUGGUUAUUUCACAUCCUGUAUAGAUAGGUAAUAGAAAUCUCUGCCAGCAUAGCUAUUCCUCAGCAGCAAGCAAGUACAAAUGCAGGAAAAUCCAAACCUUUAUUUUAAAAACAUUUGCUGAAAAUUAGCACGUAAAUCUAGUACCCAGAAUCCCUAUCUUAAGUCUUACAUUUUGCAUAUUGUUUUUAUUAAAGCAAAACUAUACCCCCAGAAUAAAUACCUAACCAAGAGAUAUUUAUUAAAAGAAUCUUAACAAAUUGGAAUAUAUGUAUAAUAUCAAUAAAUAUUGCCAAUUUAUAGCUUUUCCCACCAUUUAGUGAUGGGCUGUGUGCUCCCUCAGAGAUCACAUGACCACAAAUAAUGCAGCUCUAACUGUAACAGGAAGAAGUGUGAAAGUAAAAGACAUAGUUCUGUCAAUUUAUUUGCUGAUGUAAAUUCCUAUGUGUGCUUUUGGUUUGUUUGCGUACCCUAUUAAUUGUAUGAGAGAAUAAAAUGGCAAUUUUAGGAUUAUCCAAUGGUACAUACUGUCAUACUGCACAUACUUUCUAUUUUUAUGAAAAUAGUUUAUUGAAGCA